AAUACUAAUACCUCAUAAUCAACUCUUACGAUAAUCACCAUCCUCGCCGCCUUCUAACCUUCUCACAUCCAAAUUCUAAACUCCAAAAAAAACCACCAACUCCAACCACCUUCACCCAAAAUGCAGUUCUCCAAGCUCGCUCAACUCCUCUCCUUCGUCGCCGCCUCGUCGGCCGCCUCCGUCUCUUACGACACCGGCUACGACGACGCAUCCCGGUCUCUGACCGCCGUCUCGUGCUCCGACGGCGCGAACGGCCUCAUCACGCGCUACGGCUGGCAAACCCAGGGCCAGAUUCCAACCACCUACAUUGGCGGCGCCGACACCAUCGCCGGCUGGAACUCUCCUAACUGCGGCGUCUGCUACCAGCUGACCUACAACGGAAAGAGCAUCAACGUCCUGGCCAUCGACCACGCCGCCAGCGGCUUCAACAUCGCCCUCGACGCCAUGAACGCUCUCACCAACGGCCAGGCCGUCGCUCUCGGCCGCGUCGACGCUACCUCCACCCCCGUCGACAUAAGCGCCUGCGGUGUCUAAACAACGCUUUUGAUACCCCAUAAUUUUCCCCCUCUUAUUCUCUCUCACCAUCCUUACUCACCUAGUCAUUUUUAAAUGAGACGAAUUUCACGGCAUUCGGCUUUUUUUCUCGGGAGCGGGCGGUGAUCGGCAUGGGAAGCAACAGCGAUGGCGGCGGCGGCGGCGGAAAUAUAUAUACCACCUACCUACUCACUCACAUACCCACUUUAAUGUUCAUUCCUUAAUCCAUCUACCUACCGGCUGCUUCCGGCUUACAUGGCAUCAUCGUCUUCA